CCGACAAUGCAAAGCCGUCUAGAAAGAUCUCAAGCUGAAGCCGUGAACGAAUAAGCAGCCAACUAGACCUUUAGCCACGGCGUCGUAACAUAUAACCCCACCCGCGAAGGCUACAACACUACAGGGAAGCCGUCGCUCGCCCAGUAUUGCAUUCCAGCAAAAUGUCGGUGACUCUGCAUACAAAUCUUGGCGAUAUCAAGUGUGAAAUCUUCUGCGACGAGGUCCCAAAAAGCGCCGAGAACUUUUUAGCACUAUGUGCUAGUGGCUACUAUGAUGGGACCAUAUUCCACAGAAAUAUUAAAGGUUUCAUGAUACAAGGUGGAGAUCCAACAGGCACUGGCAAAGGGGGGACUAGUAUAUGGGGAAAGAAGUUCAAUGAUGAGAUAAGGGAGUCUCUCAAGCACAAUGCAAGAGGAAUACUAUCAAUGGCAAAUAGCGGGCCUAAUACUAAUGGAAGCCAGUUCUUCAUAAGUUAUGCAAAACAGCCACAUCUGAAUGGAUUAUACACUGUGUUUGGCAAAGUAAUUCAUGGCUUUGAAGUUCUGGACCUAAUGGAAAAGACUCAAACAGGACCAGGAGAUCGACCUCUUGCAGAGAUCCGGCUAAAUCGAGUGACAAUACAUGCUAACCCGCUUGCCGGCUAGUCUUGCAAGCGUGAAGAGCCGUUGCAUUUUCGCCCAGAUUUCUAUUUCUUCAAAAACAAUAUAUUCUGAGACUGGGAAGUAGGAUUUCAGAGGAUGGUGUUGUCACCACUAGAAAAAUAUGUAUAGCUUCAUUUUGCUAACCUCUAAUUCUGAAUGUAAUUUUGAAACUAAGCCCUAGAUGAAUAGUUAUAUUGUUGUAAGAACUGUCAUACGUCGAAAGUGGUUUUUGUAUAAGAGGUCAACGUUGUCGUCAUGGCACUGGACACUAGAACUUACGUUUCCUCUAAGAUCAAUUUUUGAAUCUUAUCAGUC